AUGGCUCGCUACACAGACGCGGACAGCGAUGCGCAACGCCUACCUGAAGGCUUCCACCGGAUCGGUUUCGACGCCGACACGUCCAUCUACACAUUUAGCGGCCCCGAUGGCAAGCUCUACGAAUCCGAGCCCGGCAACCGCUACGGCGAGCUCUAUCCGGUUGGCGAGCCUCGCCCCCAGCGCAGCGAGGCAGAUAUCGAGGCUGUCAACGCAGUUAUCGAGGAAGACCACGCGAGUGCUGUCCGCACCAUGCUACCGUUCGCGCUCCUCGUCUUUGUAUUCAUGCUACUGGUGUUCAAGCUGGCGGUCAUACGGUUCAAGUCGGGAAAAGCGAAACCGGAGAAUCGGACGAGGCGCGAUAGUGUGGAGAGCUUUUUGAAGCCAGAGAAAGGGAGGUUGGAUAGCGUUGUCGAAAGGGAGAAGAACAAGGACUUUGGUUGA